CAUGACUCCACGAUUCACAGCCCAAAGGCCUGGCCCUGCUUCAAUUGUCAUCGUCUGACAGGUCCAGGAAAAAUAGUUAGCUGGAGGCUCGUUACUUUUUUUUUCCCGCUUCAACGGCCAAGCAAGCAAGCUCAUCGUCUCUCGUUCUUUUCUCCAUUAUUGACGACUGAGAACAGAUUCGAAAUGCUUCGUACUGUUGGCCGCAAAGCCCUGAGGGGCUCAUCCAAGGGAUGUUCACGAACCAUCUCGACUCUCAAGCCCGCCACGGCAACUAUUGCCAAGCCCGGCAGCAGGACCCUUUCGACGCCAGCGACGGCAACAGCAACAGCACCUCGAACUAAGCCCAGCGCCAGCUUCAAUGCUCGCCGCGAUCCCCAGCCUCUGGUCAACCCUCGCUCAGGUGAGGCAGACGAAUCAUUCAUUGGCAAGACGGGAGGAGAGAUUUUCCACGAGAUGAUGCUGAGGCAAAACGUCAAGCACAUCUUCGGUUACCCUGGCGGUGCUAUCCUUCCCGUGUUCGACGCGAUCUACAACUCGAAGCACAUCGACUUUGUUCUGCCCAAGCAUGAGCAAGGCGCCGGCCACAUGGCAGAGGGCUAUGCUCGCGCUUCAGGCAAACCCGGCGUUGUUCUCGUCACCUCCGGCCCCGGUGCCACAAAUGUCAUCACUCCCAUGGCCGACGCUCUUGCCGACGGUACACCUCUGGUUGUAUUCUCAGGACAGGUUGUUACCUCUGCUAUUGGAAGCGACGCCUUCCAGGAGGCCGACGUCAUAGGCAUCUCCCGGUCUUGCACCAAGUGGAACGUCAUGGUUAAGAGCGUUGACGAGCUCCCGAGGAGAAUUAACGAGGCCUUUGAGAUUGCCACCAGUGGGCGACCUGGGCCUGUCUUGGUCGAUCUGCCCAAGGACGUCACGGCUAGUGUGCUGAGGAGGGCUAUCCCCACCGAGACCUCGAUUCCCUCUAUUAGCGCUGCAGCACGGGCUGUCCAAGAGGCAGGCCGAAAGCAGCUUGAGCACUCCAUCAAACGCGUAGCCGAUCUCGUCAACAUUGCCAAGAAGCCCGUCAUAUAUGCCGGCCAAGGUGUCAUUUUGUCGGAAGGCGGCGUUGAACUUCUCAAGGCGCUUGCCGACAAGGCCUCGAUUCCUGUCACCACCACUCUGCAUGGUCUGGGAGCCUUUGACGAGCUCGACGAGAAGGCACUGCACAUGCUUGGUAUGCACGGUUCGGCUUAUGCCAACAUGUCCAUGCAAGAGGCCGAUUUGAUCAUUGCCCUUGGUGGCCGCUUCGAUGACCGUGUCACUGGCAGCAUCCCCAAAUUUGCUCCUGCCGCCAAGCUUGCUGCUGCUGAAGGCCGCGGAGGUAUUGUCCACUUCGAGAUUAUGCCCAAGAACAUCAACAAGGUCGUCCAAGCAACAGAGGCCAUUGAGGGCGACGUUGCUUCGAACUUGAAGCUGUUGCUCCCCAAGAUUGAACAACGAUCCAUGACCGAUCGCAAGGAGUGGUUCGACCAGAUCAAGGAGUGGAAGGAGAAGUGGCCUCUGUCACAUUAUGAGAGGGCCGAGCGUAGUGGUCUCAUCAAGCCUCAGACUCUGAUCGAGGAGCUGAGCAACCUGACUGCUGACCGCAAGGACAUGACCUACAUCACAACCGGUGUUGGCCAGCACCAAAUGUGGACAGCACAACAUUUCAGGUGGAGGCACCCACGGUCCAUGAUCACCUCUGGCGGUUUGGGUACCAUGGGAUAUGGUCUGCCGGCAGCGAUUGGCGCCAAGGUUGCUAGGCCAGAUGCUUUGGUCAUUGACAUCGAUGGCGAUGCAUCGUUCAACAUGACUCUGACAGAGCUUUCGACGGCGGCACAGUUCAACAUUGGCGUCAAGGUCAUUGUCUUGAACAACGAGGAGCAGGGAAUGGUGACCCAAUGGCAGAACUUGUUCUACGAGGACCGCUACUCACAUACACACCAGCGCAACCCAGACUUCAUGAAGCUCGCCGAUGCAAUGGACGUUCAACAUCGCCGUGUUUCGAAGCCUGACGAUGUCGUUGAUGCUCUGACGUGGCUGAUCAACACCGACGGCCCCGCUCUGCUCGAGGUGAUGACUGAUAAGAAGGUUCCUGUUCUGCCCAUGGUGCCCGGAGGUAACGGCCUGCACGAGUUCAUCACGUUUGAUGCCAGCAAGGAUAAGCAACGGAGAGAGCUGAUGCGCGCGAGGACGAACGGCCUGCACGGUUAAGUUGAUAAUGGGAAUUGAUUAUUGCACGGGAUUUGCAUGCUCUCACAGGGACAAAUACCCUCCAGGGGUAAUUCUAUUUUGGACAAAAAGUUGGAACUUUUGUGAUACCAUGGUGUUAAGAAUGUCUUAUGGACAAGGGGACGAUACAUUUGAGCUGCGGGAAUGGUUAGCGGCUUGUGUAAAUAUUGCAUCAUUUUUUUUUUCUCUUUUACUUUUUUCUUCUUCUUCUGGCUUGGUAUUCGUGCGUUUAAUUCGUUUCAUUCUUCUACUUUAUUCGAAGCACAUUCCUUGCGUCAUCAGUAUCAUUGAUACAAGUGAUGUUUCCAACUGAACAAAUGUUACAACAUUGGUCCGUUCCAGCCUUUGUUCAUGAGCAGCACCGGUAUUUGAACCUCGAGGUUAGAGUAGCCUGGG